AUGUCUCUCGUGGAUGUACUUGAAGAUGAGCGGCGCGAAACAGCAGACACCGAUAGUUCUUCUGCCAGCAGGCGAGGUCUGAAAGACUCCUUUUUAGCCGUACGGAAUAUGCUUGAUAUACCUUCGAACACCUCAACCCCGUCAUCAUCGAGAGAACGUCGUUCAAGUCCUUUCGCAGCCGGAAAUGGAGACGCCGCGCAAUCAACUUUAGGAAAUAAGGCAACGAAGCAGAGCGCGUCUGCAGAGGCCAUGGCUGCUAUAUUCGGUGGGGCUCCCAAAGAUUUUCAGAUCUCUUCAAAAACUCGCGGUUCAGGUAGGCACAACUCUACAGUAGGUAUCGGUGCGAAAUCGAGGUCUCCUUCGUCUCGACUACAUCGAUCAUCAUCGCCCGGCAUAGGCCUUCUCAACAACAACAGAAGUAGUCCAAUGCAUAUCAUGACAGACUCAAGCGACUUCAACGACAUUGACAGUGCUACCGAAAAGGCCUCUGACUCGAACCUCAAGCCAAAGGGAAAGGGUCCAGAUUUUGUUUCUAAAGACAAUGCCGAAAAUGGUAGACGUGGUAGCGCCGAUUCUAGCAAUGAUAUUCGGCUGGAGGAGGACAGACCUGGCGGAGAGGGUGCGGAUGAACGAGCAAUUGAGAGCAGUGACGAUGAAGAAGAGGUAAAGAGUUCAGAAGAGGAUGAGGACGAAUCUACUCCCAACCGAAAGAGAGGUAGAGGCCGGAAAAGGAUCGAUAAAGGGUCUGACGUCUCGAACGUAGAUUCAGACGAAAGCGAAGAUGAUCCAUAUGCUUCACUAUAUGGCCAGAACGAGUCUACAAGUCAGGCCAAAAGCGCUCUUGCAGCAGCAGAAGAAGAACGCAUGGCCCAGUCCAAAGCAAAACUGAGGCCGUCCGAGCCUGCCGUCUCAGUAAUUGGUCCUGGAGGUGAAAGACUGGUGCCAAAGAAAGGGGGAGUCCAUCCCAACACCAGCUACGACUACACCGCGUCCGGUAUGAACUCGGCAAAUUCCUCAGACGCGGACAUUUCAGACAUCAGACGUGCUCAAAAGCUGAGUAUCAACAUGUCACAUAUCGACACAUCGGUCCCUAAUCGGGUGAUACGAACUAUUCUGCGAGGAGACUUUUCGACCAUGCAGGAGGAUGCAGAAGAGGGCCUCCGGCGAUCGCGCUUGUAUCUUGUUGCCACUGACCUAAGCGACGAGGCCGUCUACGCCCUCGAAUGGACUAUCGGAACGAUUUUGAGAGACGGGGACACGCUGCUAGCGAUUUAUGCGGUGGACGAAGAGACAGGCACUGGGAAAAGCAUUGACGCUGACGCCAGUGGCAGUGUGCAGAUUGGAGAAGGGGCAAAAGCUGCACAAGACACCGUAGACGCUAUGACCUCCCAAACCGAGAAGAUGAAUCAAAGCGCUGAGGCGCCAUCUUUGCUCACUCCUGCAGGCUACCUGCCGGCGACAUCCACUGAUAGUCGCCCGGGCUCAGUGGACUCCCGCAUGCUUUCCAAAGCCGAGAUAGAAAGGCAGAGAGCCAUUGAAGACAUCUCGUCUACAUGCGUCAGGCUGUUACGAAAAACCAAACUGCAGGUCCGGGUCGCAAUUGAGGUCAUACAUUGCAAGAGUCCCAAGCAUAUGAUCACCGAGGCGAUUGAUGGUCUUGAGCCUACGCUUGUAAUUCUCGGUUCAAGAGGUCGUAGCGCUCUGAAGGGUGUGCUCCUUGGUUCCUUCUCGAACUACCUUGUUACAAAGUCCUCAAUUCCGGUCAUGGUUGCUCGCAAGAAACUACGGAAACAUGCGAAAUUCAAGAAGACCAACAUUCGGCUCUCCAACAACCUUCAGCGGCCAAACAGGCUCACCUCGGCCAAAAUUGAUUGA